AUUUUCCAUUCCCGCUUCGACAGUGUGGAAGUAAGUGGCCGCGCGACAAGCCAUGGCCCCCGUCCCGGUCCCGCCGCCGCCUCUCCUCGCCUCCCACGCGGCCGUCCGGGCCGCGGCCUCUGCCGUAUCCCGCUCCCGCCGCGCCCGCCGCGGCGGCGACCAACCGCCGCAGGUCGCGGCACUCCGGCGCGGCGACUGGGUCAAGCUCAUCUGCGGCGCCAGCUUCGAGGACGCUGCUGAUGUCAGGAACCUCUCCCUUGUCUACACGCUUGCUGGAGUGGAUUGCAUUGAUUGUGCAGCAGAUGCAUCUGUGGUGGGUGCAGUCAAUGAGGGUAUUAAUGUAGCAGCCUCAAUCAUACCGGCAGUUCAAAGGCCAUGGGUGAUGGUUAGUGUUAAUGAUGAUUGCAGAGACCUUCAUUUCCGUAAAGCUGAAUUUGAUCCUGAGGAUUGCCCACAGGAUUGCUCAAAGCCAUGUGAGAAAGUUUGUCCUGCUGAUGCAAUAUCACUUGAGAGCGUCAUGGUUGGAGGAGAACACACUCAAUCUGAUCCCUUACGUGGUAAACUUAAGGGUGGUGUUCUUACAGAGCGGUGCUAUGGAUGCGGACGAUGCUUGCCAGUUUGCCCCUAUGACAGAAUAAGAGCUGUGUCCUAUGUUCGAGAUCCAACUACCACUUGUGAACUGUUGAAAGGGAAUGAUGUUGAUGCAAUAGAGAUACAUACCACUGGAAAGGGAACUGAUACAUUCAAUACCCUCUGGAACAGCUUGAGUGAGUCAAUCAAUAAUGUGAAGCUGGUAGCAGUUAGCAUGCCUGAUAUUGGUGAAUCAACUGUUGAUUUCAUGAAUGCGCUAUACGCAAUAAUGGAGCCUCAUAUACACGGGUACAAUCUUUGGCAGUUGGAUGGCCGACCCAUGAGUGGUGACAUUGGUCGUGGUGCAACAAGGGAAACAGUUUCUUUUGCUGUUCAUAUGGCUUCAGUGUCAGAAAGACCACCUGGCUUCUAUCAGCUGGCCGGUGGCACCAACUCAUACACUAUUGAUUGCUUAAAGAAAGCUGGUCUUUUCCAGUCUACGACUUUUCGUGGGACAACAACUUCUGAAAUGAUCCAUUCUCAGCAAGCUUUAAUCGGAGGGAUUGCUUAUGGCGGCUAUGCUCGCAAGAUCAUUGGAAGAACUCUACGCAAAAUACCGGCACAGUUCGGUCGUGUGCGCAUAGAGGAUCAUCCAGAACAUCUGCUGGAAGCAUUACAAGAAGCCCUGUCAUUAGUAGGCCCUGUGAAGAGUUAUCCAGCCCUUUCAAGCCUAUCAUGAAAGGAGUAUACUGACAAUAGGAACUACGAAGUAGAUAGCUAACCUUUGAACCCGAUUUUGAGUGUAUAUUGCCAUCCAGAAGGUGAAGAAAAAGAAACGCAGCGUGUUUCAGCACCAUCUGGAUACCUGUAUGAUGUCAAUUUGGUGAUCAUUGGACGAGGAAUCCAUGUCGCGGCGGAUGGUCCCUUGUUGCCGUGGAAUCUUUGGUGCCGUGGUGCUGCGGACAUCUCCUUUUUGCCCUUGUAAAUAAAUAUAGAAAUAGUACGAGUUGAACAGCUGACCAUCGUUUUAGUUUUCCA